AUGUCUCUCCGCAGAUCUACUAGGAUUGCGACUACUGCAGUCAAUGCAACAGCGAACGGGGUAGAUGUACCGAUCAAUGGCUUGAAGAAGCGCUUCGCAAGCCAGCAAGGAGGGCCACCGACCACGAAAAGGUCGAAGCCCGCCAGCGAACAUGGCCACAUCAACGGAGAGGAAGAGGAACCAGAAUUCAAGGUGCCAGUGACGCCGCUGAAGAAUUCUCGACGAGGCCCGGCGAAUGCAUCCAGAAAGCCACCGCUGACCCCGACUCCCAGUCUUGUCAACCUUAUUCGAGCCCCGUAUAGCACGGGCGACAUAGACGAUUCCACACCCCCGCCAAACCGUCCUGCCGAGCCUCAUGUUACAAAUGCUACGUUAGUUACACCAGGUGGUACUCAGAAGGUAGCAUACCCUGAUGAUCUGCCGGAUUCGUCGCCGUCAAAACCAGGACUGCCUCUCCCGACAGCUACGACCAACACCAUCCUAGAGCAAGCAUGCAAUCAUCUUAUUAGCGUGGAUCCGCGCUUCAAGCUGCUGAUAGAGAAGCACCCUUGCCACAUCUUUUCUGCCAGGGGUCUUGCAGAACAAAUCGAUCCCUUUCGGUCUUUGGCCAGUGGGAUCAUGGGUCAGCAAGUAUCCGGGGCAGCAGCUAAAUCAAUCAAGAACAAGUUCAUUGCACUGUUUAACGAGGAAGGCUCGGACGAACGAAAAUUCCCCACACCUGCUCAGGUCGCGGCGACCGACAUCGCACGACUCCGGCUUGCAGGUCUUUCUCAGCGGAAGGCCGAGUACAUUAAGGGAUUGGCCGAGAAGUUUGCCACUGGCGAAUUAACCACUGAGAUGCUCAUGAGAGCUACGGAUGAGGAAGUCAUGGAGAAACUGAUAGCCGUGCGCGGGCUGGGGAAGUGGAGUGUCGAGAUGUUUGCCUGCUUUGGCCUGAAGCGGUUGGACAUCAUCUCAACAGGGGACCUAGGCGUGCAACGCGGCAUGGCGGCAUUUCAUGGCAGAGACAUCAAGAAACUCAAGGCCAAAGGAGGUGGCAAGUGGAAAUACAUGUCGGAGCAAGACAUGCUGGACAAGUCGGCGCCGUAUGCACCCUAUCGAAGUCUGUUCAUGUGGUACAUGUGGAGGGUGGAAGAUGUCGAUGUCGAUGUCAUGCAGAAUACCAUGUAA